GCCACGGGCACCCCAAAAUAACCCGGGGGGGGCGGGGGAGGACCCCACCCUAAAAACGGGGCCGAAAUUGGGGACCGCACCCCACCCCCCGGCACGGGGUCCCACCCAUGCGUACCCCAGGUUUGGGGAGGGCUGGUUGUGACCCCCUCCCCCGAUCAAUAUUAGGGAUUCCUCGCGGAGGGUUGAGGCGGAGAGGGGGUUUCAUUUGGGGGGGGUGCAGGCACACUUGGUGGACCCCAUCGUGCGUGUUUUCUCUUGAAGUUUGAUUUUUGACGGGGGAGGAACCCAAAUUAAAGCAUCCAGCGCCCCAAAACCAAGCCGGCCCGCCCAUUCAGAGCAGCCCCGGCAGCCGCCGCGGCGGGAGCGGAAGCCGCGCGCCCUCCCGAGAGCGCCGUGGCGGGAACGGAGCGCGGAGUAACCCCAUUUCCCUGCGGGAUUUUCUGCCCCGAUGGCGAGGGACGAGCGGGUGACGCUGCUGGAGGUGCACCAGGCGCUCCCGGAGGAUCAAUUCCAGGACCUGAAGUUCCUGCUGGAAAGGAAAAUUCCUGCCGCAUUUGUGCUCCCGGCAUCGCGCCCCGAGUUGUGCCGGAUCCUCCUCCAGCGUUUCCCGGGGAAUGCCCUGCAUGAAACCGCCAGAAUCCUGCGACAGCUCGGCCGCCUCGACCUCAUCCAGCGCUUCCAGCUGCCCCUGGAAGAGCAAAUCCCGGCGAAAACUCCGUUGGAACCUAACGGGGACAGCCCCAGUGUGAGGGGGGACCCCACUUCAGGACAUCAUGCUGGAGGGAUUCCAGCUCCACCUGUGAAUUCCCGACGUUUGACGGAGAAGGAUUUGAUGAAAGUUGCCCAAAGAUUGGGAAAAGAGUGGCAGGAAGUGGGAAUUUUGCAUCUAGGGCUGGAGCGGAGCCGGCUGGAGCAGAUACAGGAGGAAAAUCCCGGCAAUCCCGUCAUGUGGAGUUUCGAGAUGCUGCGGGCAUGGCAGCGGCGGGAGCGACAUGAAGCCACAGUGUCCCAGCUCCUAGCCUGCCUUGAGCAUGCCCGGCUUGAUCCCGGAAUCCUCGACUUCCUCCAGAGCCUCCAGGGGAAUUGAGGGACCCCCAAACUCCAUUUCUGGGGGAGGGGAGUGUGAUAUCAAAUUAAUAUAAAAUUGGGACCAUUAAAUGCUGUUUUAUUCCA